AAAAGAAAAAGUUCUGGUUUGUUUCAGUCUGGUGUCAAGGAUUAUGCCUAUAGUUCUGACAUUUUCUUUCCUGUGCCUUAGAUUUAUCUAGCCAGUUUUGUCUGACACCUGCAUCUGGUCAAGUAAAAUGUACUCAGGGAAUUUAGUUUGAACUAACACUUUAGUGGCAUCAUAUUGAACUUCUCUAUCUAAUUGAUACUGCCAACAUAUACAAUUUUUUGGUUUUUCCUGUAGCUGAGUCUUGAUACAAGUGCCUUGACAUUGUCUACCUGGUUCCAAUACAACAAAAAUCUGCAGUCAUUUUGGUUUUCAGAACUUUUGCUUCUAUGCUUGAUAGGCUUAAGAAUGAUGGUGGUUUUGAAAGUUGUUAAAAUAUUUGUAUUUUAUUGUAGAACACUUUCAAAGGAACUUAUCUUGAUGGCCAAUCUAACAGGAAUAUUCCAUUUACUUUGAUGCUAUUGUUUGUUUUUGGCUCACUGUCUUAACUUCUUUUCACGCUUGCUGCUUUUUACUUUCCAGAAAAAGGAAAAAAGAGAUACAUCAAAAGGGCUAAAUAAGAUAUCCAUAAUUAGCAUGGAGUGAUUGUAACUUGGAUAAUUUUUAAAUGAAGAACUAUAUAAAUAUGUGUUGCAGAGUCAUUUUGUUUUAAAGCAUCUGGAGUUCUGCCUUUUGACUGGAACAAUGGAUGAUGGUGGGCAAAGAGAAAGCAGGAGACAGAGGACAGAUUACUACAAAGGGGCUCACUCUCCAUGGAAUGGAAUCCCGCAUUAUCAGAUUAAGGAACAAAAUGCUUUCUUUAUGAAUACAAAGAUCAACAUGCUGUUAGCUGAAAGGGAUGCUGCAAUUGAAGAGAGGGAUAGGGCACUGUCUGAAAAGAGGGCAGCGUUAGAUGAGCGGGAUUCAGCAAUCCAGCAGCGAGACACGGCUAUUAGUGAGCGUGAUCAUGCCCUACGAGAACGUGACAAUGCCAUUGCUGCCCUCCAGUUUCAAGAAAGUACUAUGAAUGGUGCAUUAGGUUGUGGCAUUCAGCAUGGAAUGAAGCGCUUCAACCAGCAUAGAAGUCCUCAUGCCAAUAGUGCUCAAUCUGCCAACAAGACAAGGGAAGGGCACAUUACCGAAGCCUUUCCUAUAACAGCAAUUUCAUCUGAAGCUGCCAGGUCGCACCAAGCAAAACGAACAAAAGUGAACAAUGUAAUCCCAACAAAGUCAAAGUCAGCUAAGAAGGCUAAGGUCGGUGAGGAUCUGAAUAGACAUGUCACAACUGAUGGGUCAAAGGCUGAGUGGGAUGCUCAGGAUCUUAGUUCUCUCAACCAGAUAAGUUUUGAUGAGACUCGAAUGCCAAUACCUGUUUGCACGUGUACUGGUGUAGCCAGGCAGUGUUACAAAUGGGGAAAUGGGGGCUGGCAGUCAUCUUGUUGCACAACCUCCUUAUCAGUGUAUCCACUUCCGCAAAUACCCAACAAACGGCAUGCUCGGAUGGGUGGGAGGAAGAUGAGUGGAAGCGUUUUUAGUCGGUUGCUUACUAGACUAGCAGCAGGUGGUCAUGAUCUAUCAAUUGCUCUUGAUCUUAAAAACUACUGGGCUAAGCAUGGUACAAAUCGCUACAUUACAAUUAAAUGAUUGUUAUCGGUGGUUGAUAUUGACAAGUGUAUAAUGCUCUUUCUGUUAAGAGCUUCGGGCUCUGAAGUUUUCUAAAAUUUUUAAUUUGUCAAUGGUGGAUUGAAAGCAUGGAGGAUCUGUUUAAGUGUUCCAGCUGGUUUGGUUAAUGCUUUUGGUUCGUGUAAAGCUAACCCUGCAAAAGUGGAAUAUUGCCUAGUGCUUGAACAGAACAGACUCGUACAGAUCUAUAGUUGCGGUGGAUGUAUAUUGGUUCUUGUGCAGUGUUGCACUUGGCUUCAAGACUCACAGUUGGACUGGGAUCGCAAUUGGGAUGCUUCUUUAGCUUAAUUCCUGUAGUCGAAAAUCGUAUGAACACUUUUAUUUGCGAGAAGGUCAUUGACUAGAGAAGUUUUUGGAUGCAUCAAGAGAUUUCAAUUGAAUUUGUUACUGUGACACUACCACAAAACUAGAAUCAAGAAUCCCUUGGUAGGUCGAAAUUUAUGCUCUAACCAUAUCACUAGGCAUUGGCAUAAUAAUCCAAUAGGCUUACCAUGCCUGUCACCACGAAGACGAAGAGAUCAGCAAGGAUAAUCUACCUGCGUGCUCCUCAUUUCGGUAUUCCCCAGUCUCACGUGUGCCCAAUUCUAGUCUCAGCAGUUGUCGUCUCAAAUAAAGGUCAGGUCAAGCAAAGAAAUCUUGGCGAGUCACUGAUAACUCGGACCUAAGAUGCAUACAGAUCAUGAGGAAUUGCCUGGAAGACUAGCGGAUGCUCAGAAAUCGAAUGAAGGAGCCGUAUGUCUUUACCAUCAUACGUCUCUUUCCAGCUCCGAUCUAUCCAAUCAUGGAGAGGUUUUGGACAAAGUAGCAAAACUCAACUCAACAUUUUGCAAUUAUCCAUUGCUCUCCGUGACUUUGAGCAAAGGCAGAAUGUACGACAAGUGUUUGAUGCUCUUGGACUUGGUAAAUUUGAGUUCAAGGCCAUGCUCUGCAAAAUUUACCUUUUCUUCUUUUUUUCUCUUGGUGAAAAUUUGCCUGUCCCGUUAAUUUGUAGGACUGUUUCCUAAGAAGCGUUAUCUCAUCCUCAAUUUAAGAUGUGUUAUC